AACACUGUUUGACGCGUGUUGAAUGAUAGGCGCCAGGUUUUAAUGGUUUGGGACGUAGGGUUACGUUGAUCAAAUGGAACAGCAUACAAUGUAAGUGAUGUGUUUCUCUCAAGUAAAGCAUCAAACAAUACGGAUCUUUGUGCAUUCAUCCGGAUGGAGCUGUAAAAUGUGUCGUGAGAAGUAAGAGAAACGACUUCAAAAAAUUAUGUUUACAAUAAACAUUGCUCAGGCGGUCGUCAGAAUAUUUUGUGGUUCCAGCAAGUAAUCACGUUAUUGGACAUGUCUUCAUCAAGUCCUGCACAAAAACGCUCUUACGAUAGUGGGAGUGCCAGUUCAAGCCCAGUGCCACAAAAGAAGUCACGGACAUGUACUUUUGGUGAAAGUUGCUACAGAAGAAAUCCAAAUCAUUUCUCAGAGUAUGAGCAUCCUCACUUGGAUAAGCUACUAGAGCAACAAGAAGAUGCAGAACCUAAACUGCCUCCAGAUUAUAAGCCAAAGACUACACCAUCCAUUGUUUUGGCACAGUUGAUGAUACUACAGGACCUUAAUGCCAAAAAUGGAAUAAAAGAAAAAGGGAAUGUGCCUAAAAAUAAACCUGCAGCGCAGGAAGCUGCUAGUUCCAGCACAUUUAUGAGGGAUGUCUACAAGCAAUCUCAAGCUCCUAAGAAACAAGCUCAUACAACAGUAAAUAGCCCAAGUACAUCUGUUGGAUCUAGAAGUUCCAGUUCAGAUUCCAGAGAAUCUAAGAGGAAUGUCCAACAGAAGACAUCCACAGAAAAAUUGAAAGAACGUUUUUCGGAAGCAUCCUCUUCAAGUAAUUAUUCAAAUAACCAAGCAACACAUGAUAAAGGUGCUGAGAGACUGAGUAAGGAAUCCCGCUUGGAGAUGAAAAGGAAGAUCAGGGAACAGUGGGACAACAUCUCGUCAGUGGUGCCUGUCAGUGACAAUGUAUUGGAGAAGCUAGCAGCUGGUGCGCCGUACAAUUUUUUCCUUACAACAGUGCUCGAUUCUAGGCCAACUCAUUCAGAGAUGACAUCGAUUACAUUUGCUGAUUUACUACAUCCUUCGCUUGGUGAAUUGAAAGCAUCAUUGCAAGUGAAUUUUAUGGUUGAACUGGAAUGGCUGUUGGAGCAGUACGACUCCCAUGGCUACAAGAAAAAACCGUUACUCAUUCUGUAUGAAGAUGAUGGUGAUGAUUUCAAAAAGUGCAAGAACAUCCCAGAUAAUGUGAAGGGUUAUCGAGUAAAGCCAGGACAUGCAUUUGGACAUCAUCACACGAAAAUGUCCAUCUUCUGUUAUGAUGAUGACAGUGUGAGAGUUGUUAUCAGUACAGCUAACCUCAUCGCAUCUGACUUCGAGAACAGAACUCAAGGGUUAUGGGUAAGCCCAAGAUGUCAAAGGAUCCCACUGAAUGCAGACACUAAAGCAGGUGACUCAAUAACAGAAUUCCGUGCUGACUUGAUGCGAUAUCUAUCCGCCUACCAGAUGCCAGUUCUGCAGGAAUGGAUUACAAGAAUACGUUGUGCUGAUUUCUCCAAAGUCAGAGUUUGUCUUGUGGGUUCCGUGCCAGGGACACAUCGUGGAGCAGAUGUAGAUAGAUGGGGUCACCGUCGAAUGGCAGCCCACCUUAAGCGCUUUGCUGAGGUUCCAAGUACAUCGUGGCCUCUAUUCUUCCAGUGUUCCUCUAUUGGCAGCUUAGGUGCAACUCCAGAUUCUUGGAUGUGUGGAGAAUUUCGAGCUAGUCUUGCUCAGUCCGUCAACAAGCAGCCCCUCUCACAGCAGCCACCAGUGAAAGUGAUCUAUCCCUGUUUUCGUAAUGUGGCCCAAAGUAUACAUGGCCUUUUGGGUGGUGACUGUCUACCAUAUUCCAUAAGAACUCAUGGGAAGCAGGCUUGGUUUACAGGAUACCUACAUGAAUGGAAGAGUGACAGCCGCUACCGUUCAGAGGCUAUGCCACAUAUCAAGACAUAUGGCCGAGCAUCACCAGACUGGACCAGCCUAGCCUGGUUUCAUUUGAGCAGUGCCAACUUGUCAAAAGCAGCUUGGGGUAUGGCCAGCAAAGGAAAGACAUGUGGUUCUGGGCACUACAUUAUGUCCUAUGAACUGGGUGUACUGUUUCUGCCACAAUUACUGAUUGGAAAGUCAGAGUUUCGUGUUGGUAAUACACUGGGGAAUAGUUCAGCACCUUCAUUUCCUCUACCAUUCGAUGUUCCACCUACACCAUAUGGCGAAAGAGAUAAACCAUGGGUUACUGAAUAUAUGACUGUUAAAUUUUAAUAUGUAAUAUUUGUGUCAAGCACCAAUGUAUUGUCACAUCUUGUAUUAGUGCCUUUAUGUGAAGCACAGUUGCAAAGAACAUUAAAACAUUAAUUUCAUAAAAGAAA